UAGCGACUGCACUGCUGUCAGUGUCCAGUCAUCGCGCUUUACUUUCGUUUUGUGCUUCAAAAGAGAGGAAAAGUUUCUACAGAGAGGAAAAGGAAGAGAGAUGCUCAACUCGGAUGAAAAUCCGUCUCCAGCAGAUUGCAGUUGAAGAGGCUGUAUCAUUGGGCUCUGUGAGCUGAAGGAGAGGACCCUUUACCCAAGAGCUAUCGGCUAUUAGCUACCGCUAGCUGGAUUACUGUCGCCAUGGAGUUGGCUCACAGUCUACUUCUGAACGAGGAAGCCCUAGCCCAGAUCACUGAGGCUAAGAGACCCGUCUUCAUCUUCGAAUGGCUUCGCUUCCUGGACAAGGUUCUAGUGGCAGCAAACAAGGUGGAUGUGAAGGAGAAGCAGAAGAAGUUGGUUGAGCAGCUGACAGGGUUGAUCAGCAGUGCCCCUGGCCCUCCCACCAGGAAACUGCUAGCUAAGAACCUGGCUACCCUCUACAGCAUAGGAGACACCUUCACCGUCUUCCAGACACUGGACAAGUGCAAUGACAUCAUCAAGAGCAAGGAUGACACGCCCACUUACCUCCCCACCAAACUAGCUGCUGUGGCCUGUGUUGGUUCCUUCUAUGAGAAGAUGGGGAGGAUGCUGGGAAGCUCCUUCCCCGACACCAUCACCAACAUGCUGAAAGCACUGAAGACUGCAGAGUCCCAGGGUCGUAGUGAGAUUCUACUCAGUCUACAGAAGGUGUUGAAUGGUCUUGGUGGAGCAGCAGCCUCUUGCCACAGAGACAUCUAUAAGAACGCUCGUUCCCUACUCACAGACCGCUCCAUGGCUGUGCGCUGUGCUGUGGCUAAGUGUCUGCUAGAGCUGCAGAAUGAGGCUGUCUUCAUGUGGACCACCGAGCUGGAGAACGUAGCCACUCUGUGCUUCAAGGCCCUGGAAGGAUCGAACUAUGGAGUGAGGGUAGCCGUAUCCAAACUACUAGGAACCGUCAUGGCCACGGCCCUGACGCCCAAACAAGCUGCAGUGAUGCGUCAGAACGUGAAACGUGCCACACUGGACGAGGUGUUGGAGCUGAUGGCCACAGGCUUCCUAAGAGGGGGGUCUGGCUUCCUGAAGAGCGGGGGGGAGAUGCUGAAGGGAGGGGGCUCUGUCAGCAGGGAGGUACGGGUGGGAGUCACACAGGCAUAUGUUGUAUUCGUGACCACGCUGGGCGGCCAGUGGCUGGAGCGGAACUUUGCCACGUUCCUGUCUCAUGUCCUGGACCUGGUCAGCCACCCGCGGGCCACCCAGACACACGUGGAGGCGGUGUACUCUCGUCGCUGUGUGUCGUUCAUGCUGCGCUCCACUCUGGGGGGGCUGCUCGGGGAGAAGGCCCAGAUCGCUGCGGGGAAAGACAUCUGCCAGGCUAUCAGUAAACAGAUGAGGGCUGUGGAGGCAGUAGUAAAUGACACCAGUGGAGAGAACAAGGCAGGGGCAGCUGAUGUUUCUGCCAGUCAACACGUGAUGGUCUGUGCCCUCAAAGAGCUGGGCAGCCUGGUGCAGAGUCUUAGUGCCACAUCCUCACCGCUCAUACAGGAACCCUCCAUUGGUCUCCUGGAGACGGUCUCCUCUGUGCUGCUCCACCCCAGCAUGGCGGCCCGCUUGGCUGCGGCCUGGUGUUUACGCUGCGUUGCCGUGGCGCUGCCCUAUCAGCUGACUCCGUUGCUGGAGCGCUGUGCGGAGCGCAUCAACAACCUGAAGAGCUCUCCAGAGGCCGUCAGCGGUUACAGCUUCGCCGUGGCUGCUCUGCUGGGCGGCGUGCACCAGUGUCCUCUGGGAGUACCACAUUCCAAGGGGAAGCUGGUGGUGAGCAUAGCUGAGGACUUGCUCCGUACAGCAGCCCAGAACAGCCGUCUUUCUCUGCAGAGAACCCAGGCUGGAUGGCUGCUGCUGGGGGCACUAAUGUCUCUGGGCCCGUCCCUGGUCCGCUAUCACCUUCCCAAGAUGCUGCUGCUGUGGAGGAACGUGUUCCCCCGUUCCCAGAAAGAGAUGGAGGCAGAGAAGGCUAGAGGAGACAGCUUCACCUGGCAGGUUACGCUGGAGGGACGUGCUGGGGCUCUCUGUGCCAUGCGUAGCUUUGUGGCCCAUUGUCCUGAGCUGCUGACAGAGGAUGUGAUCCGCAGGCUGAUGACACCUAUCGAGUGCGCCAUGACCAUGAUGUCACAUGUCCCGUCAGUCAUCAAGGUGCAUGGCACCCAUCUGAAAGCCAGUGCAGCUAUGGUGAGGCUGAGACUCUAUGACAUCUUGGCGCUGCUUCCCCCGAAGACAUACGAAGGUAGUUUCAAUGCCCUGCUGAGAGAGCUGGUGGCCGAGUUCACUCUGACUGAUAACUCUGCCAACACCACCACCUCGUUGCUACGCUCCCUCUGUCACUAUGACGACAGUGUUCUGAUGGGGUCCUGGCUACAGGAGACUGACCACAAGUCUAUCGAGGACCAGCUCCAGCCCAACAGUGCGUCAGGCAGUGGCGCUCUAGAACACGACCCCUCCUCCAUCUACCUGAGGGUACCGAUGGGCGAGGCCAUGCCUGGGCCCCUCCCCCUUGGCGUUUCUGUCAUCGACGCCUCCGUCGCUCUGUUCGGAGUGGUGUUCCCUCAUGUCUCCUUUAAACACAGGCUGCAGAUGCUGGACCACUUUGCAGAGUGUAUUAAACAGGCCAAGGGGGUCAGACAGCAGGCUGUCCAGCUCAACAUCUUCACCGCUGUCCUGAGCGCCCUCAAGGGUCUGGCAGAGAACAAGUCAACCCUGGGUCCUGAAGAGGUUCGUAAAUCUGCCCUGGCGCUGGUGAUGGGCGCUCUGGACAACCCAAACCCCAUCCUGCGCUGUGCUGCUGGGGAGGCCUUGGGAAGGAUGGCUCAGGUGGUGGGAGAGGCCACCUUCAUUGCCCGCAUGGCACAGUACAGCUUUGACAAACUGAGGUCAGCCCGUGACGUGGUCUCCAGAACAGGCCACUCCCUGGCUCUGGGCUGUCUGCACAGAUACGUAGGAGGGAUUGGUUCAGGACAGCACCUCAAAACCAGCGUCAGCAUCCUAUUGGCCCUAGCCCAGGAUGGAACCUCCCACGAGGUCCAGACGUGGGCCCUCCACUCUCUGGCUCUCAUCGUAGACUCCAGUGGCCCCAUGUAUCGAGGCUAUGUGGAGCCCACCCUCUCCCUGGUCCUGACCCUGCUCCUAACCGUACCCCCGUCACACACUGAGGUACACCAGUGUCUGGGACGAUGUCUGGGCGCUCUCAUCACCACGGUUGGACCCGAACUACAGGGUAACGGAGCGACCAUCUCGACGAUCCGCUCAUCAUGUCUGGUGGGCUGUGCCAUCAUGCAGGGUCACAGCGACUCCCUGGUGCAGGCAGCGGCCAUAUCCUGUCUCCAGCAGCUACACAUGUUCGCCCCGCGCCACGUUAACCUCUCCAGCCUGGUGCCCUGUCUCUGUGUCCACCUGUGUAGCUCUCACCUGUUGCUGCGUCGUGCAGCGGUGGCCUGUCUGAGACAGCUGGCCCAGAGAGAGGCUGCAGAGGUCUGUGAGUACGCCAUGAGUCUGGCCCGCAACAAGGACAGCACGGACUCAACCACCGUCAAUCUGAACAUCACAGAGACUGGUUUGGAGGGGGUUCUGUUUGGAAUGCUGGACCGGGAGACGGACAGGAAGCUUUGUCACGACAUCCAUGACACUCUGGGCCACAUGCUCUCCUCGCUCGCCGUGGACAAGCUCUCUCAUUGGUUGAAGCUCUGCAAGGAUGUCCUGGCUGCUACGACAGAGGCUGGAGGAGGGGUUGUGGCACCGGUAGAUCUGGGUAAAGAAGAGGACGACUCGGAGAAGCAGGAUGAGAUCGACGAUGACAUCAUGUUUACGGCGCUGGGAGAGGACAAUAACGCCAAGCCGUCUGUGGCGCCGCGCUGGGUGACCCGUGUGUUCGCUGCAGACUGUCUGUGUCGCAUCAUACUGCUGUGUGAGAACGCAGACAAGACCCACUUUGACCUGGCCGGCGCCCGCUCUGCUAAGGCCAAGAACCCUAAAGGUGAUCUGCUGGUCCUCCACCUCUCUGACCUGAUUCGCAUGGCCUUCAUGGCAGCUACAGACAACAGUAACCAGUUGAGGAUGGCUGGUCUUCAGGCUCUGGAAGACAUUAUUAAGAAGUUUGCCUCUGUUCCGGAGCCAGAGUUCCCAGGUCACGUGAUCCUGGAGCAGUACCAGGCGAACGUUGGAGCUGCUCUUAGACCAGCGUUCUCCCCAGAUACACCUUCUGACAUCACGGCUAAGGCAUGCCAGGUGUGCAGUACGUGGAUCGGUAGUGGUGUGGUCAGUGACCUGAAUGAUCUUCGUCGCGUCCACAAUCUCCUGGUAUCUUCGCUGGACAAGGUGCAGGCUGGGAAGGAUUCUCCAGCCAGCUGUACAGUGAGUGCUACCACCAUGGAGAAAUUGGCCGUACUGAAGGCCUGGGCUGAGGUGUAUGUGGUGGCCAUGAAGAUAAAGAAGGAAGCAGAGUCUCGGCCGGUGAAGGAGGUGAAGGCGGGAGAAGAGGAUGAGGAAGAGGAGGAGGUGGGAGCGGACGUUCUUCCUCCUGACAGCCUGAUUAUGCUGGUGCAGCCUGAACUACCGUCUCUGUCUGGGCUGUGGUUGGCUGUCCUCAGAGACUACGCUCUGCUCACGCUGCCUGCCGAGUUCUCCAGCCAACUGCCCCCUGACGGUGGUGCCUUCUACACCCCAGAGACCAUCGACACAGCCCGUCUCCAUUACCGUGGCUCCUGGGCCCCCGUUCUCCACGCUGUGGCCCUCUGGCUGAGCAGCACCAGCUUUGGGGCCGGGGAGGGGGAAGAGGAGGCCCCCGCUGUCCCUCCACAGGCUUCUGGGGCACCAGUCUACCCCCAGGGUAACCCUGGACCUACUCAGAGCCUGGAGGAUCUGAUUAAGGACAGAAUGCAUCUGAUGUUGGGUGUCAGUAUAGAGUUCCUGUGUUUCCCAAGACCUGAGGAACCUAUAGAACAUGUCAUGUCAUGUCUACAGGCUCUCUGUACCCUACUGGACUCUCCCUGUGCCAGGACACACAUCAGUGAAGACCAGUUGUUAGGUGUAGAGCUGCUCAACGUUCUCCACAGACUACUCCUGACCAGAGAUCCUCCAGCCGUUCAGCUCCAAGUUACGGCUGUGGUGCAGGAGACGAUCCGGGCUGCACAGGAUCACCUGACACAGCAGAGAGACACACAGGGUCAGGUGGAGGAGCAGGACGGUCGGUCUCUCCGGGGAGAGGGAGGUGAGACUGGGGAGCUGAUCCCGGGGAAGUCCCUCGUCUUCGCUGCCAUGGAGCUUAUGGUGUUCAUCCUGGUUCGUCACUUACCCCAACUCAACACCAGGGUGAACGAGUCCCCCAGCCACCUGCCCCUCCGACCCCAGCCUCGUCUGCCUGAGGAGAGCACCCGGCUGGUGGCUCACACCGUCUCUAUACUGGCUGAACUGCCGUCGCUAUGCUCCCCCGCAGGCAGCAUGACCAUUCUCCCGACUGUUCUCUUCCUGAUAACCGGGGUCCUGAAGGAGACGGCUGUGAAGACACCUGAUAACUCCAUACCCCUGCCAGUCUCAGCUGCUCUACAGGGUAUAAAGACCAUCAUCACCUCUCCUUUGGCCCGGGCUGAGAAGACUCCCACUCAGUGGACAGGACUGAUUAGGAGUAGUCUGGCUUCUGUUCUAGAAUAUUCUCAACCAGAUGAGUCUCGUCCCAACAUGGAUGAGGUCAGUAUGCUGACAGCCAUGACCCUCUUCCUGCUGUCUGCCAGUUCAGAGGUCAUAGGAGUCACUGUGCUGCAGCAGGGUUGUAUGGAACGCUAUAGGAACGCACUCCUCUCCUCUGACCCCUGGGUCCAGGCGCGGUGUUACCAGCUCCUCCUGUCCGUGUUCCAGCACCCCAGCCGUGCGUUAUCCACCCCCUACAUCCACGCCCUGGCGCCGCUUAUGGUGGAGAAACUGAAGGGGGUGGAGAGGAGUCGCCCAGGCACGGUCACGGAGCUGCAGGCCGUACAGGAGGGCAUCAGGGUUCUGGAGAACCUAGUGGGCAUGGCAGAGGAACAGAACCGGGUACAGUUGCUAGCUCUGCUCGUCCCCACCCUGGUCUCCUAUCUCCUGGAUGACAAGGCCUUCUCCUCUGCUCCUCCUGCCUCCAAGGGCCUACAUGAGUUUGCUCUCCAGAACCUGAUGCGGAUCGGACCCCUCUACCCAGCUGCCUUCAAGACAGUGAUUGGAGCUGCACCUGAGCUCAAGACCCGCCUUGAGUCGGCCGUCAGAGCCAAUCAGGCGAGCAGCAAAGCCAAAGCAGCAGCCCUAUUGGCCCAGCCAACUGUGCAGGCCGCGCCCACCAUCAAACUCAAAACAAGUUUCUUCUAAAUAUCCCUGAAAUGCAGAAUACUUUAUCAUCCUGGUGUAAUGUCGUCUGAUACGUCUCUAAGAUGUUCUUUAUUUAACUUGGUUCUCGGUGGAUGAGAUUUUUCUACUUAGUUUUCUUGAAGUCGGCAGGUAGUCUAGUGGUUAGAGUGGAGGGACAGUAGGUAGUCUAGUGGUUAGAGUGGAGGGACGGUAGGUAGCCUAGUGGUUAGAGUGUAGGGACGGCAGGUAGUCUAGUGGUUAGAGUGUAGGGACGGUAGGUAGUCUAGUGGUUAGAGUGGAGGGACGGCAGGUAGUCUAGUGGUUAGAGUGUAGGGACGGCAGGUAGUCUAGUGGUUAGAGGGGAGGGAUGGCAGGUAGUCUAGUGGUUAGAGUGUAGGGACGGCAGGUAGUCUAGUGGUUAGAGUGUAGGGACGGCAGGUAGUCUAGUGGUUAGAGGGGAGGGAUGGCAGGUAGUCUAGUGGUUAGAGUGUAGGGACGGCAGGUAGUCUAGUGGUUAGAGGGGAGGGAUGGCAGGUAGUCUAGUGGUUAGAGUGUAGGGACGGCAGGUAGUCUAGUGGUUAGAGUGUAGUGACGGCAGGUAGUCUAGUGGUUAGAGUGUAGGGACGGCAGGUAGCCUAGUGGUUAGAGUGUAGGGACGGCAGGUAGUCUAGUGGUUAGAGUGUAGUGACGGCAGGUAGUCUAGUGGUUAGAGUGUAGGGACGGCAGGUAGCCUAGUGGUUAGAGUGUAGUGACGGCAGGUAGUCUAGUGGUUAGAGUGUAGGGACGGCAGGUAGCCUAGUGGUUAGAGUGUAGUGACGGCAGGUAGUCUAGUGGUUAGAGUGUAGGGACGGCAGGUAGUCUAGUGGUUAGAGUGUAGGGACGGCAGGUAGCCUAGUGGUUAGAGUGUAGGGACGGCAGGUAGCCUAGUGGUUAGAGUGUAGGGACGGCAGGUAGCCUAGUGGUUAGAGGGGGAGGCAGGUAGUCUAGUGGUUAGAGUGUAGGGACGGUAGGUAGCCUGGUGGUUAGAGUGUAGGGACGGCAGGUAGUCUAGUGGUUAGAGUGUAGGGAUGGUAGGUAGUCUAGUGGUUAGAGUGUAGGGGCGGUAGGUAGCCUAGUGGUUAGAGUGGAGGGACGGUAGGUAGCCUAGUGGUUAGAGUGUAGGGACGGUAGGUAGUCUAGUGGUUAGAGUGUAGGGUCGGCAGGUAGUCUAGUGGUUAGGGUGUAGGGUCGGCAGGUAGCCUAGUGGUUAGGGUGUAGGGACGGCAGGUAGUCUAGUGGUUAUAGUGUAGGGUCGGCAGGUAGUCUAGUGGUUAGGGUGUAGGGACGGCAGGUAGUCUAGUGGUUAGGGUGUAGGGUCGGCAGGUAGCCUAGUGGCUAGAGCGUUGGACUAGUAACCGAAAGGUUGCAAGAUCGAAUCCCCGAGCUGACAAGGUAGAAAUCUGUCGUCCUGCCCCUGAACAGGCAGUUAACCCACUGUUCCUAGGCCGUCACUGAAAAUAAGAAUUUGUUCUUAACUGACUUACCAAGUUAAAUAAAGGUAAAAUAAAUAUUAUAAUAAUAAAGUAUGUAAAUAUCAUUAAAGGGUGUUUUAAUAUCCACUUCCACAA